UUUGGAUCAAGUGUCUACCACAGCUGCUCUGUUUAUUCUUCAGUGCAUUGCUCAUAAAUCAUGGUUUUGGUCGCAGUAGGGGCAUGCUAUAUCGAUACAAUCUUGACAACACCCCAUUAUCCUGGAGAGGAUGACAAGCUACGAGCAACGAGCAUAUUGCGGCGGCGUGGGGGUAACUGUCCCAACACGUUGGAAGUGCUGAAACAGCUCGUACCACAGCCCUCGUUCGGCCAGGAACCGCCGCUGAAACUUAUUGCCGUUCUUCCGGCACAGACGUCGGUUGCUUCAAAGCAGAUCCGAGAUGCGUUUGAGCCUCAGGUGUCAUUAAAUAACUGCAUUUACCGGCAAGAGUUCAAGGAGCCAGCUUCCAGUUAUAUUAUCAAGAGUCAAGCUUCAGGCAGCAGGACAAUUGUCAAUUAUAAUGAGCUGCCUGAGAUGAAGCUGGAAGAAUUUAUUCAGAUUGCUGAUAAGUUGGGCACAGAGGCCAGAUGGUUUCACUUUGAGGGCCGGAUACCGGAUGUGACUCUCUCUUGCAUGCGCCAUAUUCGAGAACACUAUCCGAGUAUCAAGAUCAGUGUAGAAGUCGAGAAGCCUGGGAGAGAAGGGCUCCAGGAACUCGCACAAGAGGCUGACGUAGUCUUUUACUCUAAGAGUUGGGCACAGGCCAAUGGAUACAAAUCAGCGAAAGAAUGUAUUGAGAAGCAAUCAUUCCAGCUGGGCAAAGCAACCCUUCUCUGUUGCACAUGGGGACAAGAUGGAGCUGCGGCUCUUGAACCUCGUGUUGGGAGCGCCGUACAGAGUCCGGCUUACACGCCGAAGGGCUUUCAAGUUGUGGAUACUAUUGGGGCAGGAGACACUUUUAUAGCCGGGAUGUUGUAUGGUUUGACUGUUAAGGGAGAUACUUGGGAUCUUUCGCAGAAGCUAAGCAUAGCGAACCGACUUGCGGGAACGAAGGUAGCCCAGGAGGGCUUUGAUAAUCUUGGAAGAGUUCUUGAACCGCUUUCUGACCAUUGAAAGAUUUUCUGACCGCAUAUUAUGCGCAACGGUUAUGAAGAAAGCUGAUGAAAUGAUGUAUAUUUCUUCCAAUUGAUAGACACUUUUUAGGAUUUUUAGGAUUUGGGAUUACGCCCUCAUGCCUAGGAACAUAACAGUGCACAUUUUCUC